AUCAUUAAUAUGCUGAUGGUAACAAAUUUCAUAUCAUUCAGGCUCAGUUCUCUCAGAUGCGCCUGUACCAGUGACACCUUCCAUGACUCCUCAACUUCCCAUGUACCCUCCCAUGGCUCCUCUUGGGCAGCAAGUCUUCUAUGGGCAAGCUCCACCUGCUAUGAUGCCCCCUCAGUCGGGAUACGGUUUCCAGCAACAGCUUGUUCCAGGCAUGAGGCCUGGUGGUGCCCAUAUGCCAAAUUACUUUGUUCCAGUUGUCCAACAAGGCCUCAGGGUCCACGCGCAGGUAUGAGGCGCUCUGGUGCUGGGUCUGGGCAGGGACAGCAAACUCCUCAGCCAUUUCAGCAACAGGAUCUUCACCACAACCAGAUGAGCCGUCGACUUACCGGACCUACCAAGCAAUAAUCUUAGUCGAAUAUAAAAUUUGUAUUUUUCUUGUACAAUUUUUUAAAUGUCUAAUAUAGCUACACGCCAUUUUUGAAUGUAAAUAAAGCAGGGCAUUAUAUUGACAUUGCAUUCUUAUGAGUUGCACUCUGAGUAGCAUAAUGAUUGUUCAA